GAAGGCAACACGAUUCUCCAGAUUGUUGACUCUUGCAGUCUUAUGAACAGCAUCAGUGUGGUGACCUUGUGGAUUGGGAUAUCACCAGAGACUUCAGAGGCAGAAGUCAGAACAACCUGUGAGACCAACUCCUGUGAGCAAUUGAACCAGUACGUAACAGACAGGUGAACACUAAAAACAAAAGUGAAACUGCAGCAUAAAGCUCAGACUAUUUCUGAGAAAUCACAGUGCUUCCUGACCUUCCCAAAAGAACAAUAGCUGGGUGGAGUGUGUUCCUGUCAGGGACUUCAUUCUGCUGUUACACUGAAGGAUGGAUGGAACAUCAGGCAGUACGAUGGAGGUGGCAGCACUCGGUCGGCCUUUCAGCGUCGGGAUGCUGUACGACUGUCGCAGUGACUCGCUAAUCCCUGGAAUGACUCUGUGGGAUCGUGAUGACCUGAUGAACGAUAUAGCAGAAAGACCGCAGGCCUCUAAUGAUUUUGAAAUUGUUGCAUCUGAAUCAAUUUCAGGCAAAUCUUCAGCUCUAAGCAUUGAUGCUUCACUGAAGGCAAGUUUCUUGGUUGGACUGGUUCAGGUUGAUGGAUCUGCAAAAUAUCUGAAAGAUAGUAAAUCUUCCAGAAAUCAGGCCAGAGUAACACUGAAGUACAAGAAAACCACAAAGAUCCAGGAGCUGUCCAUGAAUCAUCUUGGAAGAGGAAACGUGAAGCAUCCAUAUGUUUUUGAUCAAGGCUUAGCAACACAUGUAGUCACAGCUAUUCUUUAUGGAGCACAAGCUUUCUUUGUGUUUGACCGUGAAGUUUCUGAACACGAAAAUCAUCAAGAUAUACAAGGUAGCUUGAAGAUGAUCAUCAAGAAGAUUCCAAAAUGUGCUAUAGAAGGUGAAGGUUCCCUGAAAAAAUAUGUUACGGACAAAGCCAGUCUUGAUAACUUCUCCUGCAGAUUUUAUGGAGGCUUUUGCCUUUCAAAACCACCAACAAACUUUCAAGAUGCAGUAGAAGUCUACCAAAGCCUGCCAGAAUUACUGGGAGACAAAGCUGUACCAGUGAAGGUCUGGCUGCUGCCACUGACAGCUUUAGAUUCUUCUGCUGCUAAACUCGUCCGUCAGGUCAGUAUAGGAUUAGUUCAAGAAGCACAGAGAGUCCUGGAGGACUUCAGUGAGCUGGAAAUGAGGUCCAAUGAUGUACUGGGAACCAGCACUGCACAGCAGUUCCCACAGAUUGGUAAAAAAAUGAAAACUUUUAAAGAAAUGUGCUCUGAGUUCAAGCUGGAAUUCCAACAAACUUUGGCCAAGAAGCUUCCAUCAAUCCGAGGAGGAGGAGAAGAGGAAGCUGAGCUUGCAGAGAUCCUGAAGAAGAGACAUUCUUCACCUUUCAACAGCAAAAACCUGAACGAGUGGAUGGACUGUAAAGAGAGAGAAAUCUACACAUUAAUGUCUUUUAACAGGAUGAUGAAAAACACCAAAAUCAUCACAUUUCAAAAUGAUCUGUACAAGGAAAGUCUCAGUGCAGAGCAUGUUGUGUGUUUUGUUUUCACCUCUCUGGGAAAGGAUGAACCAUACCUCUCAGCUUUAUCAAGAUACUUAACAGGAGAAACCACCUCAGACCUUCAAGAUCCUCACACUCAUGAUGUAGAGAAGGAACAAUGGUACGCUUCAAAAGAAGUAACAGCUGAAACGAGGAGAAAAGCAAAACUCUUCAGUGAUUUUGCAGAGGCCAACAAGGAGAACAAGAACAUGAAGUUCCUGACAGUGGGUUUAACUAAUGAGACACAGGAAGGUUCCAGCAUCUACCUUUAUGAAGAUGGAUUUGCUGUCAGUGAGAACUUUGAGCCUCCUUCAAAGCCUCAAACUGUGACAGCAGCUGACAGAAACCACAACAGUGUGACACUGAAGAUUUCUCCACCCAGAUUUGGAGCAGAGAACAUCACCUCCUACUCUGUUGAGUACUGUGUCAGUGGAGAGGAUGGAUGGCAGCAGAAGACAGAAGCAAAGGCUGAAGAAGUCACAGUGAGAGAUCUGAAGCCAAACACAGAGUAUGUGUUCAGAUGCAGAGCAGUGACCUCAGCAGGUGUCGGGCUGGAUAAUCAAGUUUCUAUUAAAACCUUACCCUGCAGCCCUCCUGGAAAACCACGAGUUGAAUCAAAUUCAUCUGAGAUAUCAGUGAGCUGGGAGAAACCUGCUGAGCUCGGAGAGGAUGUGCAGAUAUUGAGCUACAUGGUGGAGUAUUCAAAAACAGAUGAUAAUGAGGAAGCUCUGCAGUGGAACCAAACAGAGUCAGCAGGUGAAAAGGUGAUCCUUUCAGGUCUUCAGACAGAUACAGAAUAUGCAGUCAGGGUCAGAUGUCAUUGUGGUUCAGCUGGAAAAAGCAAAGAAAGCAUCACUGUUAAAGUCUGCACAGUUACACGCCUCGCAGAAUAUCUCAAAGACAAAAGUGAAAAGAUCAAAUCUGAUUCCCCCUCAGUUUACAAACUGCCUCUGACAGAAGAACACAUGAACAUAUAUGGAUGCAGGAAGUUUGACUUUGGAGAAGAAACUGAGAGGCAGAAUCGUACAAUAAUGCUUCUUGGAGCGACUGGAUCAGGAAAGUCCACUCUGAUCGAUGGAAUGAUCAACUACAUUGUUGGUGUAGAGUGGGGGAAUGGUUUCAGGUUUAAAUUAAUUAAUGAGGAUCAGUCAACAUCACAAGCUCACAGUCAGACCUCUGAAGUCACUGUUUACAAAAUCAACCACCAGGAUGGAUUUAAAAUCCCGUUCUCUCUGACCAUCAUUGACACUCCAGGCUUUGGAGAUACAAGAGGCAUAGAAAGAGACCGAGAGAUCACAGAGCAGCUACGUAAUCUCUUCUCUGCUCAGCGUGGUGUCACUGACAUUGAUGCUGUGUGUUUUAUAGCUCAGGCUGCUUUACCACAACUCACAGCAACUCAGAAAUAUGUGUUUGAUUCAAUGUUAUCAAUCUUUGGCAAAGAUGUGACAGAAAACAUCAGGAUUCUGGUGACAUUUGCAGACGGUCAGAGACCUCCAGUUCUAAAGGCGAUCAAUGCUGCAGGAGUCCCAUGUCCUAAAACAAAAGACGGACUGUUGGAUCACUUCAAGUUCAAUAAUUCAGCCUUGUUUGCACAUAAAAGAUCAUCUGAAGGAGUCAGCAGGAGUGAUGUUGGUGAAGGAGGACAUUUUGAUCAGAUGUUUUGGGAGAUGGGGGCAGAAAGCAUGAAGAGUUUUUUUGCUGCUCUGAAUGUCAUAGAAACAAAAAGCCUGACACUGACACAGGAGGUCCUCACAGAAAGAAAGCAGCUCCAGAUUUCAGUUGAAAAUGUGCAGGAGCAGGUGAAACUUGGGUUUGCCAAGCUUAAGGAGAUAAAAAAGAAAAGUGAGAAACUUAAAGAAUAUGAAUUCGAGAUUAUAAGAAAUGAGAACUUUGAGAUUGAAGUUACUGUCAUGAAGCCUUUUGAGAAGGAAAUUUCUCACGCUGGAAACAUCCUGAACUGUCAGCAGUGUCAUUUCACCUGUCACCAUCUCUGUACCAUACCAAAUGAUGCAUAUAAAACAAGCUGUAUUGCAAUUGGAUCAGAUGGAUACUGUACUCAGUGUCCAGGCAAAUGUUACUGGAAUGCACAUUUUUAUCAGAAGUAUAUAUGGGAGUAUAAAGAGGUUAAAGAGAAAAAAACAGUGAAAAAGUUGAAAGAAAAGUAUGAUAGAGCCAGAGGGCAGAAGAUGACUGUUCAGGGACUGGUUGAAAAACUGAAGGUGGAAUAUGAAAGUUUACAGGCUGAGGUGGUGGAACUAAUAGAGAGAUCUGCCAAGUGUCUGAACAGACUUAAAGAGAUAGCACUGAAGCCAAACCCUCUGUAUAUUCCAGAGUACAUCGACAUGCUUAUUGAAGGAGAGAAAUCUGAAGGCAAACCAGGCUGGAAGAGACGAGUUGAGUCUCUGAUGGAGAUGAGAGAAAAAGCAAAACUCAUGGCUAAAAUAGAGAAAGGAGAGAAACUCAUUCACUGAACAUUCAUGUGAUCACAAAGAAGAACAAAGAAGGGUGACGACCAGUUGGAACUGAGAUGAUAAAGAUCUGAACUCAGUCGAUGAAGACAAACGACGCAUGUACAAAACCUCAUAUUUACUGUUUGCUGCCUGAUAGAUCUCAUUUUAAAAUUGAUUUAUCUUUAACAUAGAAGUCUAAUUAUAUUUUAUUGGACUUUACAAUGUUCAACUUUUUACUUUUUCUUUUCAGCUUCUUUUAUAUUCUUUAAGUUUUAUCUAAUAUUAGGUUUUCUCAGAGACUCCUGAUGUUGAUGUUAAUGGACUUUUUAAUGUGUUGAUUUUUAUGCUUUUAUUUAAAGUUUCAUUUAACUUUUUGUUUCCUUUCCUGUAAUUUUUCUGGAUUUCUCUGUAAUUCAGUUGCAUCAUAAAACACAGUAAAUGUUUAUCACAUAUAUGAGAGCAGCUGUUUUAUCCUCUGUUUGAGAAGACAUAGUUUUACUAACUCACAGGUGCC